AUGGCGGACGAUCUUAAUGGGAUCACUGCUGCAUCUGUGAAUGCUGUUGUGAGCAAUACUUCAACUGAAACACAGAAUGUCUUCGAUAAGGACCUACCUUCUGAGGGAUGCUCCCCGGCACCUUCAAACUGUUCCUUCAUCAGUGAACAAGAAGUCACAGAAGCCAGCUUCCUUCAUCGUCAGUCGCCAUUCCUUCCACUUAGUCAGGCAUCGCCUGGUGCUUUUUCCUCACUUCCUCGCCCAGAUUUUCUAAACACCUCUAUUGCCGAUUCCGAAACUUCGUCGCGGUCAUCCCUUGAUGGUUCGUUCUUAUCAAAGGAGUCUUCAGAAUGCACGGAGAAGUUCCGAGCUCGUAGGUCAAUCCGAAAACUAUCGUCGUCGUCAAGUGACUCAGAUGGAAGUGAGCUAACCGUAGGAGGCGGUUCACUGGAUGGAGACGAACCGAUUUUGAGGAAGUUGAGCAAAUCGAAACUGACGGACUCUAGUCUUCCCGUUGCUCGUCGACUAGACGCUCCAAGAGGUCGCAUCGCUAAUAUACGCAGAGAGAGCGAUUGCUCAAUAAGUAAUGAGGUCGAACAUGAACGUCUUGUGAAGACAUCCCAACAGGUAUCGUGUGGUUUCGACGAUAUCACACUGGAAUCGUCGUCUUCCAUGAUGCGUCGACGUGCGCCAUCGGUUUCGUCGGUAGGCGAGCCGAUAUCGAUUGUGACAAACGUUUUUCUGCCGCAUAGUUGUUCGCCGAGUCCGACCAGAGUGACAGACAUGCACAAGCAGUGUUACUCCCCCUCAACUCAUCAAAUGGUUCGACCCAAUAUACCGUAUUCUGCCACUCCAAGUCCAACGCAAAGUCCAACAAGGCAGCGAUUGCUAAGAAGUUUGUCGCCUAUAACAACAAAGUCGGCGCUGAAAAGACGUUAUACUGGCGGAGUUGAUGAGGUUGAGUCGAAGCGAAGCUGUGGAGGUGGUGGCCUUGCCAAUCCAUUUGUGAGGAAUUCUACUUCUCCGCUUGUGACAGACCGUACUUUUCCGUACCCGCCAGCGGUCUCACAGGAAUUCGCCCAACCGAGCACUGUAUCUGUCAACUGGCAUCCCUCUACUCUUUGUCGACGCGCGACCAACUUAGAAAACCUUUUGGAACGCCGCUCUAGUAACGAUUCGGUCAAUGACGAACAGAAGAUCGUGGAUGAAACGGAUUCAAGUGAGACACAGGCUGAAGAAAUGUCGUCGGAAGAAGACGUCCGGCAGCACUCAUCCACUGAUGAUCAGGAUGAGAUGCAAAAAUGCACUUCUUGCAGUACGGAGUGUAGAUGUGUUGGACAAUCAUCCAGUGAAGAAACAGAACCAGAGCGGGUCUAUGGUUGCCCGUAUGAGCCAUUUCUGCGAGCAGAUUGA